CAUCACUCUCCUCCCCUUCUCUCUAUCUAGAGCACAGCUCAAAAACAAAAAAAUGAAACCCUAGAAACCCCGCAGAAAACUCCAUUACAAACCAGCAGAAAAACAAAAAUGAGAACACCCAGACGCACAUUAGCAAAAUCACCAUCAUCACCACCAUUCUCAUCCUCCUCCUCUCCAUACCCUUAUUAUCAGGAAUAUUACGACGGCGAAGAUGAAAACAACAAACUCAUCAGUCUAUUUAAACCAAUCUCAUCAUUAUUCAUCAAACUGAUUUCAUUUCAAUUAGGUUUCUUCUCUUACUGUACAUCAUAUCUUACUACUCCCAUGUUCUCAUUCAUAUCAAUGGCGUCCGAUUCACUUCACCGUGCCGACGCGGCAAGAGAGAAAACGGAAGAUGUUGUGUUGUCGGCUAGUAAGGUGCCAUCUCGUGUAGCUGAGACCGGUGAGCUUUUCUUGAAGAAAAUCGGGUUUGGACUGUUAGGUGCACUUUAUAUGGGUUUACUGUUGAUUGUGAUACUGGUUUUUUCGGUCAUAUUCGGAGUCGGGUUAGUUAGAUAUUGGGUUGAAGAACCUGUUUUUGUCAAAGAAGUGGUUUAUUUUGAUUAUACUGAAGUGAAUCCGACGGCUGUAUUGACUUUUGUUGAUGGUGGUGCCAAAAACCCCAAGAAGAUGAAAAGAGCUAUUCCGGCAGGACAUACUUUUGAUGUUUCUUUGGUGCUGUUGAUGCCGGAAUCUGAUUUUAACCGUCAGAUUGGUGUUUUUCAGGUGGCAGCAGAGAUCGUGUCCUCAACAGGCCACAUUCUGGCAAGAUCAAGCCAACCAUGUAUGUUACGGUUCCGAAGCUUUCCUAUUCGAUUGACAAGAACGUUUGUGAUGGGUGUUCCACUCUUGCUAGGAAUUUCAAGCGAAACUCAAAAGCUAACUAUUCCAAUACUACACCACAUAGAAGGAAAUCCAGCAACAUGGGCAAUCAAAACGAAGUUGCAACCAAGAGCAGGAACAUUUGCCUUACCAGAGUUAUAUUCGGCGGAAAUUUUAAUGAAUUCACAGCUUCCUUGGUCAAAACAGUUAGUUCAUAAUUGGAAAUGGACUUUCUAUGUCUGGACUUCAUUGUAUGUUUAUAUCAUGCUCUUGAUUACACUAUUUUGUUGCUGUAAACAAAUAUUCUUGCCAACAACCAGAACGACAACGACUUCAAGAAUUGGUGACCGUGAUUAUGAUAGGAGGUGGUCGACUGCUGUAGAAGUCAAGGAUUUGGGUGGUACUAGAAGGGGUGUUGAUAGGGAUGUGCCUGUAUCAGAUUUUGUAGAAAGAUGGGAAAGAAUUAGAAGAAAAAGAAAGGCGUUAUGUCAUGAUGAGUUGUUCAGUGAAACCGUCGGUUCUUCCGCUUCCAGUGUAACUUAUUAUAGGGAUGAUAUGAGUACUAGUGAUCAAGUUGAUGAUUAUGGUGGGUUUGCAGCCGAUGAGGAAUCCUUCUGUUUAGGUGGUUAAUAUCAGUGGUCAGUUUCAUUGAUGCCAUGCCCGCUGCUGCACCACGUGCUUCAUCCUAAAAUGUGUUAUCCAGUGUUUCAUAUUGUACAUAUAUGGAUGUAAUUCACUGUACGCAUUUCAUAUUAGGGAAGACAUGUUGUGUUCUAGCUACACACCAUGUGUUACA